AUGUUAGAUAUUCCAAUUCAAAAGUUUACUUUUAAUACUUUUGAUUUGGACUUUAGUAUAAUAGAACCUCUGAUUUAUACAAUGUAUGAAUUGGUUGGUUUGGACAACAGAGUUAUUACAGAGGCUCUAAGUCCAUUUCGUACUAAAAUAUAUCAAAAAAGAUAUGACUCUGCAAUCGAAUCAUUAGUAAUAUUCUUCAGAUCGGUUGAAAAACUCGAUGACCCCCCUUUUGAAUUAUUAUACUUUAUACAUUGUGUUGGGGGAUUCUUUCAUAAUGUAUUUAGUUAUGAAGAGUUAAAUAAAUUAGUCUGUAGUAUCUAUGGGAAGAUAAAAACAUUCUAUAUAUUUCUUCCUAAACAUCCAUUUUGGUCUCAUGAUGGAAAGAAGUCUUCAUAUUUUAAUGCUAGACUAAAUGAUCUCUAUAAACUUAGAGAUAGUAAUGAUAAGAAUAUAAAAACUAUGAAAUAUCCUGCUUAUCAUUACAGACUCUUUACGGAGCUUGUUAUUAAUGAUCUUCUUAAUAGAGUCAAUGACCAAAAAUACUCAGAAGAUAAUUUAAAUAAAUUAAAAAUUAAAUCUAAUUGA